AUGUCGCUAACGAAUUAUUAUUCCAUGAUGGGGCUCCAGACAGACGAGCCGUACGGUGCGCAUUUCAUCCCGGGAGGUUUGCAGGGUUCGACGGCCGGCUGCGCAAAGCCGACCCGGGGAGCGGAGGACGAGGAGAGCCCCGGAUCCCUCAUCCCGGAUUUCUCACAUUUUUCAAACAAACAAACGGGCUUAAACGGCUUCUCUCCUUGGACAAACACGUCCACUUCGUCGUCGUCUUCUCCGCAGCUGCAGUCCACGCCGGGGCUCUUCCACCCACAUCACCUCCUGGGCCACCACCACCACCACCACCACCACCCCUACUACGGCCCGCAGACGCAGACCCACGGAGAGCACAUCACACCCACAGCGGCGGCGGCAGCGGCGUCGGCGGCUGCUGCUGCCUCGGAGAGUAGGUUUGUCCGCUGCUGGGAGGGGGCGACACCCACCCCGGACCCCGCGCCUCUGUCACAGGCUUUCCCCGCGUGUCUCCCCGCGCAGGGUGACCUCUCCAGUCCGAGCGCCACGAGGUACGAGGCGGUCAAACCCGAGAGUUCACCGCCGUCGCACGACAGUCCCGAGGAUUCCAGCUUCGCCAGUCCGAGCGAGGUGGUCCUUGAGCGGCUGGGGACCGUGGAGGAGCUGGGGAGGAAGCCGGAGCCCAAGAAGGAGAACGAGGAGAGGAAAACACAGCAGCAGCAGCAGCCGGAGCCGGAAAACCCAUCAGCUAGUUGGAUUCACGCCAAAUCCACCAGGAAGAAAAGGUGUCCAUAUACCAAACACCAAACCUUGGAGCUGGAGAAGGAGUUCCUCUACAACAUGUACCUGACCCGGGACCGGCGCCUGGAGGUGGCAGGACUCUUAAAUCUGACUGAGAGACAGGUGAAAAUCUGGUUCCAGAACAGACGGAUGAAGAUGAAGAAGCUGAUGAUUCGGGAGAGGAGGAGUGUGAAUGAAUGA